ACAAUUUUUUUCUUAUAAGUGUUGAUAUUGUUUGUUCUCUGGAAUUAUUCCUUGACAAAGUUUUUCACUUUCCAAAUUGCUUCACUGUCUUGUCGAUUUUGCUUCUCUCUUUUACUCAAAGCUCUGUUUUUUGUUUUUUUUUUUCCGUUCUGAAAAACCCCAAAUUUUGGGUUUUUUUUCUUCUUUCUAAAGGCGAUACAAAAUCGUCUUUUUGAAAUUGCUUCGUUUAUGAUCUGUUCAAGUAGAGGAACGAUCGUAAUUGCUACUCUAAACCCAUUUCUAAGAUUACCCAUCAAACAAUUUUCCGGAUUUCAUGUAAACCGGACUCGAAUUCGAAAUGAUCUCUCCAUCAGUCUCGUAGCUAUUCGACCAUCAUCAGUCUCGAUGCCACUGAGAUUAAGAAGAUCAUCACAGAAGAAGAGGAAGAGGAACAUCGGUUGCGGUGUUUCCCCUUCUUCUUCUUCGCCGCCGACGACGACGAAGAGGACGGUGGUUGAUGACGAAGUGGCUGUGAGACGGGAUUUGGCAAUGAGGCGGGUUUUGGAGGAUAACGGUGGCGAUGGAAGCUCCGUCAGAGAUUUCUCGCUAUUCACGUCCAAGAGAGGUGACACGUUGUUCACUCAGUCUUGGACACCUGUUGACUCGACUAAGAUCAGGGGAUUUGUUGUUCUGCUACAUGGUCUGAACGAACACAGUGGCAGGUAUAGUGAUUUCGCAAAGCAGCUAAAUGCUAUAGGAUUCAAGGUCUAUGGAAUAGAUUGGAUCGGUCAUGGUGGAAGCGAUGGACUUCAUGCUUACGUUCCUUCUCUUGAUUUUGCUGUCGCUGAUUUGAAAUCGUUUCUUGAGAAGGUAAUUGCAGAAAACCCGGGAUUGCCCUGUUUCUGCGUUGGCCAUUCAACAGGAGGAGCCAUUAUUUUAAAGGCUAUGCUAGAUGCAAAGAUUGAAGCUCGAGUUUCAGGGAUUGUGCUAACUUCACCCGCUGUUGGAGUCCAACCAUCUCAUCCUAUCUUCGGCGUAAUUGCACCGGUCCUCGCGCUCCUCAUUCCAAGACGUCAAUUAAGUGCUGCAAAAAAGAAAAUAAUGCCGGUUUCUCGUGACCCGGAAGCUGUUAUGGCCAAAUACGCUGACCCGUUAGUAUACACUGGGUUUAUCCGAGCAAGAACCGGUAACGAGAUCCUUAGAAUUGCUGCCCAUUUGCUGCGGAAUCUCAACAGAAUCAAGGUCCCGUUUCUUGUGCUACACGGCACAGCUGAUACAGUUACUGAUCCCAAAGGUACUCAGAAGCUAUACGAGGAGGCUUCCUCGUCGGAUAAGUCGAUCAAGCUGUUCGACGGGUUGCUACAUGAUCUGCUCUUUGAACCAGAACGGGAAGCUAUCGCUGGAGUCAUAUUGGAUUGGCUACACAAGCGGGUUUAAAUUGCUCAAACCAAAUGUAGCAGUUCCUUACUCCUAGACUUCAAGUAAAGAGGGAAAUGCGAGGAAGAAAGACCUAGUAAGAGUUGCUCUGUUUCGUAGGAAUUAUCUCGACACCAUUUUGUAUCACGUACAUUUUAAUUGUAAUGAAUAUACGAAUUUGUAACAAUGCAAGUAUA